AAAAACUUUUUGUAUCGAAGGAAUCAACAGCCGCCAUCUUGUCGCGGAUGAGCGUCAGGAUUUCGGGAGAACAUUAUUUUAUUUUUUACGCACCCGGCUCCACCAGAACCGGCCCAAAUAUCUUCCUUGUGACGAAAACGAUUGGCAUCGGGCCGAAUCGAGGAUCUUUGCGGCGAAUAUAAGCAAAAUGGAGCCGUUUUCGUGGUCGGCUGGAAAACCCCCGUAUAUCUGAUUUCCCCCUUCAGCGCGAGCGGCGCUCCUGUGCCACUCGCAGAUAUUAAAUAUAAUUAUUUUCACGCGUUUUCGAUUUAUUUUUCUGGACUUUGUCGAUUAUUCGAUCGCAGCUGGAUAUGGAGCUCGAGGGUCUUUAUUUUUAUUCACAGAAAAACGCCUCUUUGGAGAGAUUCACCCGCGCCGCUUGAAGACAUAGGAGGGGUCGAUGAUAUUUUCCUCGUCGUUUUUCUCGGUUUUAACGAUGAUAUAAAUUAUUUUCGGGGGGUUUGGGGCGAUUAUUACGGUUAAUUAUGCGGGUUUUGGGUGUUGGAUUAUCAUGGGGUGAAUGGCGGUGGCGGAGCGGGGCGCUGUUGAGCCGCGUUUGAGCCUCAUCUGUUAAUUAUUGGCCCCUGAUCGCUGAAUAAUAAUAGAAAAACCCGAGGCUUGAUUUUGAUUUAUUUCGCUUUGUCCUGCUCUGGGAAAACGCAUUUGUUGCUUUAACGUGUUUUUGUGAAGAGAACAGGAUGGCCGAUAAUCUACUGGACAUGGGCCCUCCCAACGCAAAACGGCCCAAGCUGAACUCACCUGCACUGCCCUCCUCAGACCCUUCAGACUUUGUGUCCCUGUUUGAAUUGGAAAAUGAUCUUCCAGAUGAGCUGAUACCCAACGGAGACCUGGGGCUGAUGUCCAUGCCCUCUAAUGGGGAUGGAGGGGUGGGAAGCCGGAUGGGUGGCAACGUCCCAGAUGCUGCUGCCAAGCAUAAGCAGCUGUCCCAGCUCCUGCAGGCAGGGAAUGGCCCCGGUCUGGGAGGAAACCUCAGCUCCGUCAGCCCUCAGCCUGGAAUGGGUGGCCAAAUGGGUGCCUUGGGUAAAAGCCCCAUGGGCCAGGGUUCACCCAGUCAUCAGACCCAGCCUCCAAAGCCUGUCGGCACCCCGACUGGUCAGGGAAACAAUAAUCAAGGCAUGGGUCUCAAUACUGGCUUUAACCAGGCUUUGAUGAACAAUAACAACCAGGCUCAUGGACUCAUGGGGCAGAACAUGUCCCAGCAAGGGCAAAUGAUGAAUGGCGUCAUGGGGCCGGCUGGAAGAGGCAGGGCAGCUCCAGGGAUGCAGUACCAGGGUCAGACCAUGCAAGGGGCACCAGCCGGUGCUGGGCAAGGGGGCAGUGUACUGGCAGAGACGCUUACCCAGGGUGCACCGCAAAUGGGGGCACAUAACUCCAUUAACGCCCAGCAAGCAGGAAACAUGAACAAGAUGGGUCUUGCGAAUGCAAACGGCUCAUUCGGGCAGCAGUACGGGCAGGGUUCGGUGCAGCAGAUGACCAGCGGUGGACUAAACGCGCAGCUCCAGAACAAAGCGGUUCUCUCCAACAGCCUCCAGUCCACCCUGAAGGGUGCUUCCAGCGUGCCAAAUCUGUUGCAGCAGCAGGUGCCCACUGUGGGCAUGGUCCCGGGACAGGGGGGUCCCACAGCCGACCCAGAGAAGCGCAAGCUGAUCCAGCAGCAGCUGGUCCUGCUGCUUCACGCCCACAAGUGCCAGCGGCGCGACCAGGCUAACGGCGAUGUGCACACGUGUGCGUUGCCCCACUGUCGCACCAUGAAGAACGUACUUAACCACAUGACCCACUGCCAGGCAGGCAAAUCUUGCCAAGUGGCUCACUGCGCCUCGUCUAGACAGAUAAUCUCGCACUGGAAAAACUGCACCCGACAUGACUGCCCGGUCUGUUUGCCCCUCAAGAACGCCAGUGACAAGAGAAACCAGCAACCGAUGUUGAGCUCCCCCAACGCUGGCAUGCAGGCUUCUCUAGGCCCCGUGGGCACCAGUCAGCCCGCUACACCGGCCAUAAGCAGCGGCACACACAUAGACCCCAGCUCCAUGCAGAGGGCCUACGCAGCACUGGGCCUCCCUUAUGGGAACCAGCCGGCUACACAGGUCGGAGGGCAGCAGUCAACGCAGACCCAGCAGAUGCGCAACAUGAAUUUAGGCCCUAACCAGAUGAACAUGGGCGGAAACGGUUUGGCUGAUCAGACGACCCUUCACACUGAUUCCUCUCUCCCUCCAUCCCUCAGCAGCAAUCAAAUGAUGUCCGAUGGGUCGAGCAUGGGCGGCGCGGGAAACCUUCCCACCGCGGCACCGCUCUCCAUGCCUGGCAUGAAGAAGCCAUGGCACGAGCACGUCACUCAGGACCUGAGGAACCACUUAGUCCACAAGCUAGUUCAAGCCAUAUUCCCCACACCAGACCCUGCAGCACUGAAAGACAGACGCAUGGAUAACUUAGUCGCUUACGCUCGUAAGGUUGAAGGGGACAUGUAUGAGUCUGCCAACAGCAGGGACGAGUAUUACCACUUCCUGGCUGAGAAGAUCUACAAGAUCCAGAAGGAGCUGGAAGAGAAGAGGAAGUCCAGGCUGUCAAAGCCACCCAUGGGUGCUCAGGUUCCACAGCAGCCCGGCCUUCCACAGCCCAACGCUAUGGGACCCACACAAGCCAUCCGGCCACCAAAUGGACCCGUCCCUAUGCCCAAUGUGCCAAAUCAUUUGAUGGCCCGCAUGCAAGGCCCUCAAGGGAUGGGACAGUUUAAUCCUGUGUCGAUGCAGAACGUACAGAUGUCCCAGUCCCAAGGGGCAGCUCCACGGGCUGUGUCUCCCAUGACCCACCCUGGUCAGAUGGGCAUGGGCUCUGUCCCAUCGAUGGGUAUGUCACCCUCCAGGAUGCAACAGACACCAGGCAUGAUGGGAGGCCACCCAAACAACAUGGUGGCCCAAACACCCAGUCAAAACCAGUUUAUGAACCAGACGUCAUUCUCGGCCUCAUCCACAGGCAUGAAUGUGAAUGUAAACCAGGCCCAGCAAUCAGGACAGUCUGCCGUACAGCAGAACUCUAACCUGUCCCUGAAUGCCGUGGGCUCCCUGGGCCCCCAGUCCACUCUGCGCUCCACCCCUCCUCCGCCCUCCACCCCUGCAGCCGCUGCUAACCUACAGCUGCUCCAGACCCAGCCUUCCACGCCGGCCUCAGCUGGGGGCCAAUCCACGCCCACCCACAUCCCCAGUGGUUUGCCCCGCCCUCCCUCUGUCCUGGGCUCCUCCCCUGCCCCUUCCCACCCGCUCACGCCCCUGCAGUCCCAGCCUGAGCCCUCCCUGCAGAUGCAGCAGCCCAGUUCUGUGCAACCACAGCAGCCCAGCACUCCGCUCUCUCAGAUGGCCGCUAGCGUUGAUAACAGAGUACCCACGCCUGCGUCAGUGGCGGAGAGUCACUCCCAGCAGGCUUUACCUGACUACCCUGCUGCUGAACCCAAAUCUGAGCAUCAGGAGGACCAGCAGGAAUUUGAGUCCGGAAAGAAGCAGAUUGAGGUCAAGACGGAGGAUGAAGACGUCAAACCUCCUCAAGUGAAGGAACAGCCAGAGACUGUUGAACUUAAACCGGAACCGAUGGAGGCGGACGAGAAGAAACCUGAGUUAAAGACCGAGCCCAAAGAAGAGGAGGUGUCCAGCGCCAACAGCACCACACCCUCUGGCCAAGCCAGCCAAUCACGGAAGAAAAUUUUUAAACCAGAGGAGCUAAGACAGGCCUUGAUGCCCACUUUAGAAGCGCUGUAUCGGCAAGACCCAGAGUCCUUGCCCUUUCGCCAGCCUGUGGAUCCCAAUCUACUGGGCAUCCCGGACUACUUUGACAUCGUGAAAAACCCUAUUGACCUUUCCACCAUCAAGAGGAAGCUGGACACUGGCCAGUACCAAGAACCCUGGCAAUACGUGGAUGAUAUUUGGCUCAUGUUCAACAACGCCUGGCUUUACAACCGCAAGACGUCCCGCGUCUAUAAGUACUGCUCGAAGCUGGCCGAGGUCUUUGAGCAGGAGAUCGACCCCGUCAUGCAAGGUUUGGGGUACUGCUGCGGACGCAAGUACGAGUUUUCACCUCAGACGCUGUGCUGCUAUGGUAAACAGCUCUGCACCAUAUCCAGAGAUGGCACAUACUACAGCUACCAAAACAGGUAUCACUUCUGCGAGAAGUGCUUCAACGAGAUCCAGGGCGACAGCGUCACCCUGGGAGAUGAUCCAGCACAGCCCCAGACGAUGAUAUCCAAGGAGCAGUUCGAGAAGAAGAAAAAUGACAUGUUGGACCCUGAACCCUUCGUUGAAUGUAAAGACUGCGGCAGGAAGAUGCAUCAGAUCUGCGUCCUGCAUUAUGAUGUCAUCUGGCCAACAGGUUUCAUCUGUGACAACUGUCUGAAGAAGUCAGGAAAAACGAGAAAAGACAACAAGUUUUCUGCUAAGAGGUUGCAAACCACACGGUUGGGCUCGUACAUUGAAGACCGAGUAAAUAAGUACUUGAAAAGACAGAGUCACCCUGAGGCCGGAGAGGUGUUUGUGAGGGUGGUGGCCAGCUCUGAUAAGACCGUAGAGGUCAAACCCGGGAUGAAAUCCAGGUUUGUCGACUCGGGGGAGAUGUCAGAAACCUUUCCCUACAGAACCAAAGCACUUUUUGCAUUCGAGGAGAUUGAUGGAGUGGAUGUGUGUUUCUUUGGCAUGCAUGUCCAGGAGUAUGGAUCCGACUGUCCUUUUCCCAACACCAGACGGGUAUACAUAUCAUAUCUCGACAGUAUUCACUUCUUUAAGCCUCGGAUGCUAAGAACUGCAGUUUACCAUGAAAUUCUCAUCGGUUACCUGGAGUAUGUUAGGAAACUUGGGUAUACGACUGGCCACAUCUGGGCCUGCCCACCAAGUGAAGGUGACGACUACAUCUUCCACUGUCACCCUCCUGAUCAGAAAAUUCCCAAGCCCAAGAGACUUCAGGAAUGGUACCGCAAAAUGCUGGACAAGGCUUUUGCGGAAAGAAUCAUUAAUGACUACAAGGACAUAUUCAAGCAGGCCACAGAAGACCGGUUGACAAGUGCCAAUGAACUGCCCUAUUUCGAAGGAGAUUUUUGGCCUAAUGUUCUCGAAGAGAGCAUCAAGGAGCUGGAACAAGAGGAGGAGGAGAGGAAGAAGGAGGAGAAUACAGCAUCCACUGAGACGACAGAGGGAACUCAAGCCGACAGCAAGAACGCCAAAAAGAAGAACAAUAAAAAGACCAACAAGAACAAGAGCAGCAUGAGCCGCGCCAACAAAAAGAAGCCUGGGAUGCCGAAUGUAGCUAAUGAUUUGUCCCAGAAGCUUUAUGCAACAAUGGAGAAGCACAAAGAGGUCUUCUUCGUGAUCCACUUCCAUGCUGGUCCAGUGGUCAACACUCUGCCUCCAAUAAUGGACCCUGACCCGCUUCUGAACUGCGAUCUGAUGGAUGGCCGUGAUGCAUUUCUGACGUUGGCCAGGGACAAGCACUGGGAGUUCAGUUCUUUACGUCGUUGCAAAUGGAGCAGUAUGUGCAUGUUGGUGGAGCUACACAAUCAGGGCCAAGACCGAUUUGUGUACACAUGCAACGAGUGCAAGCACCACGUAGAGACACGCUGGCACUGCACCGUUUGCGAGGACUUUGAUCUAUGCAUUAACUGCUACAAUUCCAAGGGCCAUGAGCACCAAAUGGUAAAGUGGGGUUUGGGCCUGGACGACGACAGCAACAACCAGGGCGGCGAGGCCAACAAGAGCCCACAGGAGAGUCGACGCCUCAGCAUCCAACGCUGCAUCCAGUCGCUGGUGCACGCCUGUCAGUGCCGCAAUGCCAACUGCUCUCUGCCGUCUUGUCAGAAGAUGAAGAGGGUGGUGCAGCACACCAAGGGUUGCAAGCGCAAGACCAACGGAGGUUGCCCUGUGUGCAAACAGCUGAUCGCAUUGUGCUGCUACCAUGCCAAGCACUGCCAGGAGAACAAGUGUCCCGUGCCAUUCUGUCUCAAUAUCAAGCACAAGCUGCGACAGCAGCAGAUGCAGCAACGGCUGCAGCAGGCGCAGAUGAUGCGCCGACGUAUGGCGCUCAUGCAGGGCAGAGGAAUGCCUCAGAGUCUGCCCUCCCCAACUACCUCAGCAGGUCCGGGGACACCCAAUUCUCAGCAACUGCAGCAGCCUAAUACACCCCAGGCCCCGCAGACUUUACCCAGCCAGCCCCAGCAGCAGCAGCAGCCGCCGCAUCAGAACGUGGCUGGUAUGGUGCAGGCAUUCCCCAACCAGCCGCCUACGCCAGGGUCCCAGGGAAAACCAGGACCACAGUCCUCACCUCUGCCCCAGCAGCAAUCUCCUCUACCCAUGCCUCCGCAACAACAGCCACAGCCCUCUCCACAGCAACAGGCCGCAAUGAAGGUUGCAAAGCAAAUCCAGAUGAUGACCAAAAACAAGCAGCUCCAACAGCCGCAGCAGCCAGACUAUAGAAUGAAUAUGAACGGGAUGCCAAUGAAUCAACAACCCCGCAUGAUGCCUAACAUGCAGAUGAUGGGCCCACGUGGUCCUCAGAUGGUUCAAAACAUGCAGCCUGGCCAGUGGGCACCAGGGAUGCCAGUGCCCAUGCAGAAUCCACAGGCACCUCCACCGCAGCAAGUUCCCCCUCAGCAGAUGGCUAUGGCCCAACAGCAGCAGCCUCAGGUUACGCAGACGCCCCAACAGGCCCAGCUUAUGCAGCGUGCAAUGAUGCAGCAGCCGCAGCGGCAGAUGCAAGGUGUCAUGCCUCCUCAGCAAGCGCCACCACAGGCCCCUCAGCAACAGGGCAUGCAGCAAAGAGGACUGACCAGCAGUAUUGCCCCAGGAGCAUUGCAGGACCUGCUACGUACUUUGAAGUCACCGAGUUCCCCACAACAGCAACAGCAAGUCCUCAAUAUCCUCAAGUCAAACCCCCAUCUCAUGGCUGCAUUCAUCAAACAGCGGACUGCAAAAUACCAGUCUAGCCAGCCACAGCAAGCGCAGCAACAGCAGCAGAAUCCACAGGCAAUGCUCGCAGGUCAGCCAGGAAUGCCGAACAUGGCUGCCAUGCAGGCCGGCGGCGUGCCGAGACCCGUCAUGCCCCCUCAGCAACCUCAACAGGCCGCCACCCAGGCCAUGGCCGGCCUCGGACCCCAGGCACAAAUGAUGAAUGCCGCAAACGGAAACCAACAGAUGUUCCGUCGCCAGGUCAUGCGUCAGAUGCCUCCCGGACCGCAGAGAUUCCCUCAACCAGGCCCGGCUAGUUACUCUCAAAUCCGGAUGCAGCAACAGAUGAACAUGCAGGGAGGUGCCGGGCCUAUGGGUCAGAUGCCACCCAUGGCUCAAAUGGGCCAGUCCGGCAUGAGCAUAGAAGCCCAGCAAAAUUUGCUGCAUCAGCGCUUGGUGCAGCAGCAACAACUGCAGCAGCAGCAACAACAGCAGCAGCAGCAGCAGAUGAUGAAGCAGCAGAUGGGUUCGCCAGCACAGGCAACUUCCAUGAGCCCUCAACCCCACAUGCUUGCUGGGCAGCAGCAGGCCAUGGCCAACACGUUGGGCAACCAAGUGAGGUCCCCUGCCCCGUCGCCCCGUCCCCCCUCCCAACAGCAACCACAUUCCAGUCCGUCCCCACGCAUGCAGCCCCAGCCCUCGCCGCAGCACGCCGCUUUGCACUCCAACUCCUCUCAUCCUAGCCUGGCGGGGCCCAUGCCCGGUCCCAUGGACCAGGCUCACUUGUGCACACCCGAACAGAGCGCAAUGCUUCCUCAGCUGAACGCGUCGAACAGUGGAGGGUUGACCAACGACUUGAGUAUGGUCGGGGACACCACGGGAGACAUGUUAGAGAAUUUUGUAAAGAAUUUGUAGCAUUAAAAAGACUUCUGUAAGGAGAGACUUGUGUUUUCGGCACAUGUUGUACUGAAAUCAGAGACGUCGGCAGAAAGGCGACGAGGUAAUGGACUGUACAAGGUUUACACAACCGAUGGACUGCUUUUCUUCCUUGUUGGAGGGAUUAAAAUAACUAUUUAAAGAGCAGAAUCACAAAGGGUUUUUUUCUUGGGAGGGAUGGUCCGACCAGCUGUAAUUCAAUCCUGGUUCACGCGUUACGUUUUUUUAUGAUUAUUUUUUCUUUGUUUUUUUCCUCGGGGAGGGGUGUUGUUUUGAAACAUGGACUUUUUAAUGAAAUUUCUCAAGGUAAAAUAUUUGAUUUUAUUAUCGAAGACUUUCGUUUUGUAUGUUUGCAAACUGAAAUGCAUUUUUUUUCUGUGUGUGUGCGUGUGUGCUCGUUUAGGGACUGUAAAAUAUUGUGGUGUGGAAUCAGGAUCAAUCCUCAUUCCCAUCUGAUACGUAUUCACACUUACCAGGUUUGGAAAAGGACACGCAGCCUUUUUCUCUCCGGACUGUGGAGUUUGUACAGAGGACCUGUAUUCAUUUGUACAGAAAAGGAGCCUUGGCUACUGCACACACACGAACACGAGCAAUCUGUGAAAAUUGCUCUUAUUUUUCAAGGUGCCCAAAUGCGUUAAUUUAUUGGCCUGAAUUUAGUAGUCGUUGCUUAAGAUGUAGGAAAACGUUCCUCUUGUUUUCUUGUUUGAUCUCUGAAACAUCGAUGAUGUCCCCUCCACCUCGCUUAUGAGGACGGAGUUUCGUCUAACUGCUGAUUUCUUCAAAGAGUUCUUCAGUCGACCUUUUUCUUUCUCCAUGAAACUUGAAUUGAAGGUGAACGAUUCUUUCAUGUAAAUCAUGCAGCUCGGUGACACUGUAAAUAAAAGGAAAAAAGAAUGAGAUCGCUGUAUAAACUGGUUAAGAACUUGUUUCGUACUUAUAUACAAUAUUGUUAAAUAAACUGUGUGCAACAGA